AUGAGGUCGGACGAAGAUUAUUUCGAUUCCGAUUCAUCAUCUUCGGGCGAGGAAGCUGAGACUUCUAAAGUGGUUUGCGUACCAAAAUGCCCAGAUGAAUUGAAACCAAAAAUUGGACAAAGUUUCAUGACCCUUGAUCGUGCAUUGGACUUCUACAACAAUUAUGCUCGAUAUGUUGGAUUUGACACCCGUAAAAAGGGAUCGAAAAAGGAAAAAGAUGUCACUACUUGGAUUUACGUGGUGUGUAGCCGAGAAGGUACAAAGCAAAGAAACAGUGAACAAUCUGAGGUGAAACGAAAGCGUUAUUCUAUUAAGUGCUAUUGUAAUGCUAAAGUGUCUUGGAAGUAUAUUAUGGGUGUUGGUUAUGUUAUACAAAGUUUCGUUGAAGAACAUAAUCACGAGAUGGUUGAGGAACGCCAUAAGCGUUUUAUGUAUUUGAACCAUUAUGUAGGGUGUACUGUUUUAGAAGUGCGCAACUAUAGACGUGACCUUAGAGCAUAUGUGGAAGGAGCUGAUGCACAAAUGUUAUUGAAUGAGUUGCGAAGGAAAAAGGAGCUGUGUAGUGCAUUUACAUAUGAGUAUGAGGUCAACUCAAAGGAUAGGAUGACACGGUUGUUUUGGUGUGAUCCUACUGCCAGAAGAAACUACCAUUUGUAUGGAGAUAUUGUUUCGUUUGAUACGACAUACUCAACAAACAGAUACUGUAUGAUAUUUGCUCCUUUUACGGGCAAGGAUAAUCAUGGUCGCCCUGUGACAUUUGCUGCUGGCCUUUUGUCCAAGGAAAAUGCCAACUCCUUUUCAUGGUUAUUUAACCAAUUUGUAAAGUGUAUGGGUGUGACUCCCAAACUCAUUGUAACCGACCAAGACUUAGGAAUGAAAGUUGCUGUUGAGGAGGUCCUUGUCAAUACAAGACACCGGUGGUGUAUGUGGCACGUUAUGAAUAAAGUUGCUGACAAAUUGCCAAAGAACAUCCUUGGUAGUGAACAAUUAAAGAAGGAACUGAAUGCAUGUGUAUGGUCAGAGUUGAUAGAACCUGAUGCAUUUGAGGAAACUUGGCAUGCUAUAAUGGAAAGAUAUGGGCUGACCAAUAAUGUCUGGUACUCAAAGUCUCGGGCUAACCUUAUGCAAUUUUAUAUGAACUAUAAUCAUGCUCUGGAGACUCAAAGAAGUAAUAGUGCAAAGCUUGAAUACUAUGAUUCAACAAAAGUACCUAUUUUGCGAACAGGAUUGGAAAUCGAGAAACAUGCAUCGACAAUAUAUAGUGGUAGUGCUUAUACUGAAAUUCAAGAAGAGAUAGUAUAUGCAUGUUUCUCUUUGUCUUGUGCAACUCUAGGAGUGUCUACCAAUACAGAUAUUGAAGUAUAUGACAUAAAGGACAAGGAUUCAAACUCAUGGACAGUAACUUACUCCAUUGGUGAUGACACCUAUUUGUGUGGAUGCAAAAAAUUUGAAAGACUUGGUCUAUUGUGCAGCUAUAUAUUUUGUGUGUUAAAACAUAAUUUUGUUAAGUUGAUACCCGAGAAGUUGCGUGGAGGAAGAUGGUUGAAGUCACAGUUUGUGAAGCCAAUACAUGGAGGUUUUUGUGAUGAUCAAGAAAUACACCUUGCUGUGGACAAGAAGAAGAUUGCAUUUAAAAACUUGUAUGGAUUAUUCAUUGAAAUAGCACAAAGCAUUGAAGGGAACAUUGAUCAAAUCAAUGCAUUCGCUGCAAUUAUUGAAGAAGGUGGAAGCAGCUUCUUGGCGAAGAUGUUGUUCUGUCUUCCACACAGAAGAGAGCAAUGA